GGUUUGUUCCAUUGAAAACGAACAGAAUUUUCCUCUCUCUUUUUUCACUGCAACACACCCACCCAUAUAUAUAUACACUCUCCACAUGUCCACUUUCUAUUCUCGUUUCGUUUUCUCUUUGAUACUUCUUCUCUUCUCUUCUCUUCCUCACUACCACCAUUGCUCUCUUCACCAUCAUCCACACGCCCCGUUUCAUAGUUUAUGAUCUGGGUGGCUUCGUUUGAAGUGAAAGAUUGGAUUUUGACGCAUUUCAUUGAAGAGGGGUUUAAUGGGUUGAACUCAGACAAUCAUGGGUAGUUUCAGUGAUCAGGAUUGUUGGUUUUUUGAUGCUCAAGAGGAUGUUGUGUCCAUUAGGGAUGCAAAUUCUGAUAAUGAUGAUGAUGAUGAUGAUAAAGGGGUGUCUGUGUCUGUUGAUUUUGAUUAUGAUGUUUGGGUUCGGAGUCCGAAGAGUGUGAGAGAGCGUAGGAGGAAGUUUAUGAAGAGUAUGGGAAUGAGUAUAGAUGGAAUUGUAGUUGAUAAUUUACUAGAUGUUGAGAAGGAAGAGAUGAUAGAUAGAGUAAGAGAUAGUUGUGAUUCUGAAGAGGAAUUCAGUUCAAGUCGGUUGUCAUUGUCUCGGUGUUCUAGCGGUAGUUCGGUAGAGGAGUUUGGUUUAGUGGAUAGUAACUUGCCGUGUCAAGAUGGAAAUUUAGAGAAGGGAAUAGGGGCUAAUGUGGAUAAAGAGGGGGGACGGAAGAUUAUCGAUGGUUUAGAUCAGUUGGUGGUUGCUAACAAAUUUGAUGAUUCGGUGAAUGUCGAUGUCCCUGGGGUGGCUACUAGGGAGUUUGAGGAUACAAACGGUGAUGUGGAUACUAGAAUGAUGAAUAAGGCAACAAGGGGUUGGUUUAGAAGAUUGAAAUCAAUGACGUGUAUGGUUGAUAGUCAAGGGGAAGGUGGCGAUGAUAAUGGGAAAGAAGGGAGAAUGAAAAUCUCCGGGUGUAGGCUUCAAAAAGUAAAGGUCCGUUCGUGUAAAAAGAAAAUGAAGGAACUUUCAUCGCUUUACUUGAGGCAAGAUAUUCAAGCACACAAAGGUUCGAUUUUGACCAUGAAAUUCAGUCCUGAUGGGCAGUAUCUUGCCACUGGUGGUGAAGAUGGGGUUGUUCGUUUGUGGCAAGUGGUUGAGGAGGAUCGAUGUAAUGAAACUCACAUUCCAGAAAUUGACCCCUCGUGCAUUUACUUUACGGUGAAUAAUCUCUCUCAAUUGACACCAUUGUUUGUGGAUAAGGAAAAACUUAUCAAACAGAAGAGUGUGAGAAAAACAUCAGAUUCAGCUUGUGCCAUUUUUCCGCCUAAGAUCUUUCGGUUGUUGGAAAAACCAUUGCGUGAGUUCCGUGGGCAUAGAAGUGAAGUUUUGGAUCUCUCUUGGUCAAAGAAGAAUUAUCUUCUCUCAUCUUCGGUUGACAAAACUGUCCGACUAUGGCAAGUGAAUCAUGACCAUUGCUUCAAAGUGUUUUCACACAGUAAUUACGUGACAAGCAUACAAUUCAAUCCGGUUGAUGAAGAUUAUUUCAUUAGUGGAUCUAUAGACGGAAAAGUUCGCAUCUGGACAAUUCCUGAUUGUCAGGUUGUUGAUUGGACUGAUGUCAAAGAUAUAGUGACAGCAGUAUGUUAUCGGCCUGAUGGGCAGGGAGGGAUUGUUGGCUCUUUGGAAGGAGAUUGUCGGUUUUAUAAAAUAUCAGAUAAUCACUUGCAGUUAGAUUCCCAUGUAUGCUUAAUUGGUAAAAAGAAACUUCCGGGAAGAGGGAUAACUGGCUUUCAGUUUCUUCCUCAAGAUUCUAACAAAGUUAUGGUUACUUGUGCUGAUUCACAAGUCAGAAUCCUUGAUGGGCUUAAUGUGAUUUGCAAAUACAAAAGCCUGAACACAGGUAGUCCAAUGUGUGCAUCGUUUACUUCGGACGGGAAACAUAUUUUAUCAGCAUGCGAGGACUCGAAUGUAUAUUUAUGGAACGUUAAUCAGGAAGAGUCUAUUCCCACGAAAUCUACAAAGGUUAGGUCUUCUGAGCGGUUUUUCUCAAACGCAUCCGUUGCAGUGCCUUGGCAUGGUUUGACAGCUCAAAUCACUGAAAAUGAACAAUUGAAUAUCUUGGAUAAAAAAUCACCUCAAGUUGCUAUACAAUUACACCCAAAUCCACCUGCUUCUUUCUCUCUAGGCCAAGAAUUUUUCUUGGAGUCUUUUCCAAAAGGAUCUGCAACCUGGCCCGAAGAGAAGCUUCCCAUUCCGAGCUCUAAGACUAAGAAAACAUCAUUGCUACGUAAAUCCGAAUACAAGUUCUUGAAAUCUUCUUGCAAGAGUACCGUCUGUGCUCAUGCGUGGGGUAUGGUCAUUGUGACUGCAGGCUGGGACGGGAGGAUAAAAUCGUUCCAAAAUUAUGGGCUACCUGCUGCACCUGUUUGAAAUGAAGUGUGACCUAACCUAGGUUGGAAAUAUCAAGACUCAUUCAUUGCUUUAUUAGAAAAUUAGAACAUGCUGCAAGGUUUUUGGAGGGUUGAGAGUGAUGUUAAAUUUGGCAGCAUCAGGUAACAAAGCAAAUUGAGGUCAAAACCAUGUGCAUGAAUAUCAGAUUGUUGAGGUUAAUGACAAGUGAUGACACUGUUCUAAUUAUAAUGUAAUUAGCAAAUUGGCAAAUUGACAAGUUUUAGCCUGUCUUGAUCUGAAGUCUUAAUUGGCUUAGAAUCUGCUGGCCCCUAAAAGAGAUGCAAAGUCAUGUGUCAGAAAACUUGUAAGGGCCCCUAAAAUAGAUAAUUUUGAUAUGUUGUAGGACCAUGGGACCUUAAAAAACCCUUUUGGUUGCUAAGAUGAAAGGUUGAGAUUUCAAGAGUUGGUGGCUCAAGUUAUCUCUUGAUCAAUCAAAAUGAUAGGAUGAAUGAAUAUCUUUGUCUGCCAAUGUUGCCAUCCAUGUGAUGUUGUGGUUAUUUGUACAAAAGGGUUAAACUUGGAAAUGUUGUAAAGAUGUGUUUGGCAGUUGGUUUUGCUUGAAUAGGUGCUUUUAGCUGCCUAUUGCUGCAAUGAUAGUGUAAACAGUACUAUGAGCAAGCAAUGUGAUUAUGAUCUGUUUAGUGGCUCAAAGUCUUUGGCAAUUCCUGUAGUGCUGACAAAUGUCAUUAUUACUAACAAAUAGUUUCUGUAUAUGGUCUCAAUUUUAGGCCAACAUCACUUUUGAUUAGUUAAGAUACAACUAUAUUGGUCCUUUCCAAUUUAAUGUACAAAAUUUGUAAUUGUAAGUAAUGAUAUUUGGUGGUUUGGCCUUUGGUUGAUGGAAAUAGAAGUGAAAACAGAAGUUCUUUGUA